AUGAACUCCCUCCGUGUUGCCCGUGCGGCUCUCCGAGCUCGCCCUACAGCCAUGCGAGUGGCCAUCCAGCGGAGAGGAUAUGCCGAGGCCGUCCCCGACAAGAUCAAGCUGAGCUUGGCUCUGCCUCACCAGUCGACGAAUGUUCUCGGUGCUAAUUGCCGCAAUGCUUUGCAGUCCAUCUACAAGUCCCAGGACGUCGUCCAGGUCAACAUCCCCGCAGAGUCCGGCGAGAUGGGUGUCCUCGCCAACCACGUUCCCUCCAUUGAGCAGCUCAAGCCCGGCCUGGUCGAGGUUGUUGAGGAGUCCGGCCCCGCCAAGCAGUUCUUCCUGUCUGGUGGCUUUGCUACUGUCCAGCCCAACUCUGUCCUGAGCAUCAACGCCCCCGAGGCUUACCCCCUGGAGGACUUCAGCGCUGAGGCUGUCCGCGCUGGUAUUGCCGAGGCUCAGAAGGUUGCCAGCGGCAAUGGCAGCGAGCAGGACAUCGCUGAGGCCAAGAUCGAAUUGGAGCGCAGAGUCCAAACAAUUGAUAUCAGUUGUGCUAACAUGACAUAUCCCGAGUUUAGCGACCCCGCCACUCUUCUUAGAGAUGCCAUAUCGUUUGAUGGCGUUCCAGACGACCUGGUGCCGUCUGGCUUCGUCGAGUCUCGCAUACGGCAGCUCAACACCAUAUCGAGCAAUGAUAACUUAGAUGUCCAAAAUUUGCCAUAUACAACGAACACGCGCGAUGGUGCAUAUCUUUGCAGCCCAGCCUGUCCGCGGACGCGGGUCGAAGUGUCUGCUUCACCUCCAGUGGGACAUUCGUACCCAGGCUUGAGGAUCAACGACAACCACAACGAUGACAAUGGAGUUGCUUGGGAGGUUGCAUCGACAAGUGCUCACAUGUUUAACGUCAGGCCGAGCUUGAGAGCCUCGAGAUCGAGCAAUUCAUUGGGAUUGCAAAGUCCAACCCGAGAUCCCAGCCGGUUCCGAAGUCUGUACAGGUCAAACCGGACUGCCAACGAAGUCAAUGACACGAGACCAGGCUUCAAACUUUCCAGACGUUCUCACCCGAAUCUGCAAGCAUCAUAUUCGAGUAUUCGGUCAAGACAGAAUGCCCCUGAAAGCUCUAGAAAGGAGCAGCAAGAUGUAUUGGAAAUGUUUGACAUGUAUGGAGUCUCACGACCAGAGGGUUGGCUGUCAGAUGAGAAAGAUCGACAGCAGGCAUUGGGAAUGAAAACUAUCCAAGUAUGCCAUUCCUGUGGGAGCCGAGAGCACGGGCAAGACCAGCAGAAUCUGAAUCAAGGGACAUGGAACCAAGGGAUAGCUCACAGCCGGAGUCUUGCCAAUCUAUCUGAGCCUGUACUCGACGCAGAGAAAGGUCAUCGUCUAUCUCAUUCGAAGAGCCGUGACUCUAUCAUGGGAUAUCCCAGAGAAAGCCAACUAGGACAUGCUGAGGCGGAAAGACAAGCACGCCAAAAAUUUCGACAUGAGCGCCGACAUCGCCUGGAGAAAUCCUAUAGCGAAAUGGCCAUUUCUGAGCAGUGUUCUGAUUGCCCGACUUGCCAUGUAAAUAGCGACCCUACGAGACACAGCAUCUGCUGCGUUGCUCGACAUUCUCCCUCAAGAAGGCAUGUCAUUGACCAGACGAAUAAAAGCACCGAAGAAGAUACAUAUAAGAUCUCCAAAGAUUCCCCUAAAACGGCUGUACAGACUCUGAAAGGGCUUCUCAGCCUGCACACUUUGGAUCAAGAUACCUUUUGGACUUGUUCAGAAGAUCCAGCAACGUCCCAAAGUACCACUCUACCUCACGCGACCCAUGGUAACCGGAACACACCAAAACCUAUCCCAGAAGGAGCUUCCCAUGAAAGCAUAGAGUCGGUAGAUCUGGAAAGAUAUCAAAAAUCACCACCGGAUAAGGCUAUUUGGAAAACUCCGACGAUUCGUAUCUCGCCAGCUGGAGAAUACAAUGACGUACCGGAGCUUCAGCAAGACGUCAGAUAUGAUGAUGGAAACACUGGGGAGCAACAACGCCAAGGGUUAUCAUAUGGGGGCAUGGGAUCGCCUAUUAGAAAGACAAAUGAUUGGACUCCAAAAACAUCAGAAAAGGGGCUCGGAUCGCAAGACUCGUUGAGGAAAGCUACCAGCGCAAGCAAGAGUCCCCAACGAAGUAUCGAGUCUUCUGAUCCUUCAACAUGGAAACAACAACUAAGGAAGAUCAACGACACACCGACAUUGAUGAGUAAUUCCCCGAGUAAGGAGUAUACAUUGUUGGCCUCUGGCUCUCAAAGGGAUCUCAACCAGUCUACAGCAGAAAGAAACCAGGCAGGAGACGUUAUGAAAGAGCCGACGAUUCCUCCUGUUACCCCUAGCAGCGAGUCCGAGAUUUCCCUGAGUCGCCACGUCUGCGAGUGGCGCUCACGGUAUUUGGGGCUUAGUGAUGCAUUCGAUAAGCUCAAAAUCGAACUAGAUAUUGCGCUGGAACACCAAGCGAGCCAAGGCAUUGCUGGUGGGGAAUUGGGGGGUGCUUCUCAUCAGCAUCAAUACGAUGAUUAUGGAAUCGAGGGGUUGACCAUUAUUGUGCACAGAAGAAGCAAGGAGGAUCUGGUCCUCAACACAGAUUUGAGAGAAGAAGAACCCGCUCAAGGGGAAGAACAGUAA